AUGCAGUCUAUCGUCCGUCAAAUGUCGCGUUACAAUCCUUCGGCGCUCCGCGUCCCAAAGCACACGAACUUGAUCGCCAGGCCUCUGGCAAGGACGCUCGUCACGAAACGAUACACCGUAGAGCACGAAAGUGUCUCAUUCGAUGAUGCCACGGGUCUCGGUGUGAUCACCAUUACUGACCACGCUCAAGAGGCCCUCGGUGAUGUUGUAUUUGUGGAACUCCCCACAAUCGGAACGGAGGUCAAGCAAGGCGAGCAAAUUGGUGCAGUAGAGAGUGUUAAAGCUGCUUCGGAUAUCUAUGCUCCGGUUUCGGGUACCAUUGAAGAGAUUAACGAGACCCUCUCUUCAGAGCCCGGACUGCUGAACAAGUCUCCCGAGGACAAAGGCUGGUUGUGCAAGAUCAAACUUUCUGAUCCAUCCGAGGUCGAGAAACUCCUUGAUGCAGAUGCUUAUCGCGCCAGCUACGAAAACUAA